AUGCCGCGCCUUACCAAUAUCACGCAGCAGCACGCCGAAGAGCUGCGCUUAACUCGAACAAGCAACCGGCUGCAGAGAGACGAGAUACACAACCUGCUUGCCACCAUCACUGGCCGCAUCAGGGUGCGCCUGUCUGUCACACUGGCGCGGAAGGACCGCGCCGGGCCGGCCGACCUGUACUUCCCGACCAUUAUCGGCCUGGAUCUCAAGACCAUCGCCGCCAUUGCCCACGUGACCGAGUGGCUAAAGACCUCUAAGAGUGCUGCCCCUUGCAGCCACUUCAAAAUCUGGCUAAGCCCGGGCAUGCGAGCUGUUGCUGCCGCAGUUCACCUAGAAAUCAACAACAGCGGCGUUCACGUCGUCCGCCCUGAGCAAGAGACAGCCACCGACCUCUACCAGUACGCCUCGAGGAACAUGGAUCACAGCGACAUUGAGACAGCUAUGACAGUCAUCCUGGCCGACGAGAAGAUCGUCCGGCGGGACGACAGGAUGAAUACGUGGUGGGAGCAGUUUUAG